UCUACGGUUCUUAUAAGGGUGAUCCUGUAAAUGAGCAUCCUCCACCGUUGCACGGCCGGGUGUCGACGACGCAUAAUUGCCUUUCUCUUCUCCGUCAGCUACUUUCCCAACUUCCGCAAUCGCGCGAGUUGGCCACCGCGUGAGAGACAGAAGAUCGGAGUUACGGCAUCGCCUAGUUUCCCCCACGAAAUUCUUCAUCUGCUUUGCGAAGCUCCAAGAGCAGGUCCAGCACCCAAUCAGCGCGGCGGCUCGCCCGAAGCUGUUACUGGAAAGGAUUCAAUUAGGGUUUUUUUUCAUGAUCGGAUUCGUCUGCAAUACUCCCGGCUCACUCCAGUUAAGCAGACGGACGAGCUUUCAUUGCCUUAGUUUGUUCCUCUUGCUCCGAAGUUAAAUAAUCGGAGAGAUGGAUUUCGAUGCUCACGGCGGCAAUAAAGGCGUCUUCCACCGGCUAAGCGCCGGCGGAGGAGGACCGCGGGGGAACCACAACGAUUCCAACAAGAACCAGAGAGUCUGCUUUCAUUGGCGGGCGGGCAAGUGCAACCGCUUCCCCUGCCCAUUCCUCCACCGGGAAUUGCCCCCGCCGAACUCCGCUGCCACUGCUUCUAACGGCAGCCAUCCGGCCAAGCGCGGGUUCUCUAACGAUUCCGGGUUCUCGGGGCCUCCCCCAACUCGGAGGGCCCCGAACUUCAAUAGUUCGUCGACUUGGGGGCGGACUGGAAAUAAUAGAGUGGUCAAGAAGACGGAUAAACUGUGUAGUUAUUGGAUACAAGGGAGCUGUACUUUCGGGGAGGGCUGCAGGUAUUUACAUAGUUGGAGUUUAGGCGAUAGUUUCUCUUUGUUGACGCAACUUGAAGGAGGGCAUCAAAAGGUUGUCAGUGGGAUUGCUUUGCCAUCUGGGUCUGAUAAGCUUUACACGGGAAGCCAAGAUGAAACUGUCAGGCUUUGGGAUUGCCAAUCCGGCCAGUGCAUGGGAGUUAUUAAUCUGGGUGGUGAAGUGGGUUGUAUGAUCACAGAAGGUCCAUGGAUAUUUGUCGGUAUCCCGAAUCUUGUGAAGGCAUGGAACUUACAGACCAACGCUGACUUAAGUCUUAGCGGGCCAGUUGGACAAGUUUAUGCUAUGGUUGUGGGUAGUGACUUGCUAUUUGCUGGUACCCAGGAUUCAGCAAUCUUGGCAUGGAGAUAUAAUGCAGCAACUAGCAUCUUUGAGCCAGCUGCAUCACUUAAAGGCCAUUCGUUAGCUGUUGUCUCAUUAGUUGUUGGAGCUAAUAGACUCUUCUCUGGUUCCAUGGACAAUUCUAUAAAGGUCUGGAACCUCGAAAAUUUGCAGUGCAUACAAACCUUGACAGGGCAUACUUCAGUUGUUAUGUCUGUUCUUUGCUGGGACCAGUUUCUUUUAUCAAGUUCAUUAGAUAAGACAAUUAAGGUCUGGGCCGCCACAGAAAGAGGGGAUCUGGAAGUAACGUUCACACAUCAAGAAGAACAUGGACUCCUUAAGCUAUGUGGAAUGCAUGAUUUGGAAGGCAAGCCAUUGUUGUUAUGCUCUUGUAAUGACAACUCAGUCCGGAUAUAUGACUUGCCAUCGUUUUCAGAGAGGGGCAAAAUUUUCUCCAAACAGGAGAUUCGAGCAAUUCAGGCUGGUCCUGGUGGCCUCUUCUUCACCGGGGAUGGAACCGGCCAAGUGAGAGUGUGGAAUUGUAAAGCUGAACAACAAGCAACUGCAGCGACUUGAUGAUGAAUCGGCCUUUUGUGUUUUGCCAGUGUCAUCGUAUAUUAUUCUUCAUCACUUCAGCUUAGUUUUCCACCUUUUUUUGGUAAUAACGAGUACUAGAAGAAAGUGGAUUGUAGAAACAUCAUUUUUCUUAAAUCUUUUUGAUAUUCUUAGUUGGCAUUACACAGCCAUGAUAGUCAUUGUUGAGUGAGGCUUUUCUGUAACGAUGAAGACGAAUGAAAGAACAAAGAAGAAGAACGCUUGAAUCCAUAUGUAGUUUAGCCACGUUUAACUUUUCUUUCUGGUUGACCCAAUUUGUAUGAAUAAGUUGAAGGGUUGAUUUGAUUUCCCGAGAACUUCAAUUGUUACAAGGAAGAAGAUGCAGAAUGAAGAACUGAUAAGCGGUAAACUAUUCUCAUGCUUGUAUUUCGAAAUAUAUGAAUGAACCCGUUUGUUUAUAUACAGUGUUUGUGAAAACUGAAAAUCCAGUUUCGUUUACUAUGAUGGACUUCUAAUUCACGUAUGCGAACAGACACUCGACGUUGCUCAUCUCUCUCUUUGUCUGCAAUAUGGUUACGACUUACGAUGCAACGUCUCGUCCUUCCUUCAUUGCCUGCAGAAUCAAUUGAGGAUGAUCGUGACGGUGAGUACCUUGGAUUGGCUGCAAGGUUAGCUUGUGAACCUCUUAGUAGUUCUAAUUACAACCUUGAUUGUUAGUUCCGGGUAGUGUGUGUAUACCAAUUGAUGAGGGCUGUAAAAGCAGAUGUGUUUUGUUUGGAGUUUGAAGAAUGGACGAAAGAGGCCCUUGUUUGUUUCUCGACAGUUAUAUCAGACUGUUUCAAACAAAUGUAGUUUCCUGCAAUGGCGAGUUGUUUUGGUCAUGUAAGAGCUAUGGAACGAGACGUUUUUGGAUUUACGCUUUCAAUCCUUUCAGCCUGGUUGCUCAUGUUGAUCCUAUUCCACGCCCUAGCCAAAGACGGAGAGACUGUGAUAUUGCAAUCUCAGAAGGGACUUUGCACUUCAUUUCAAUUACAUUAGCUGCAAAUGCCGGGACUCCGUUGUUGGGUGUUUGGAGACGGAAAGUAGAGCGGUAUAUCUUGGAAAAUUAUGAAAUUGUGUUGAGUUGGUCAUGCAUCAGGUUAUGAUCUUAACGACUGCCAUGCAGUUGCUCUUAAUCCGAAGCAACAUUAGGUUCCACCAUCCAGAAGGUGGUGAAAAGGAUCAGCACUACUACCCUCUGGCCUUCGGUUAAGAAGUAGAAGGUGGUGAAAAGGGUAGCUCGUGUUCUACGCAGCAGGAUCAUGUUCUAUGCAGCAAAGAUGAUGAGAAAGUAAAAGAGUGUUCAUAGC